AAAACAAGCAGAGGGCUCCGCUGCUCCGCCAGAGCCGCCACAGCCAUGAGCCAGCCUCUCCGCCCGACCUGCAGCCCCGCGCUGCCUCUCCGCCCGCGCCCCUGACCCCGCACCGCGACCGCACCACACCACCGACCAUGAAGAGGCAGAACGUGCGGACCCUCGCCCUCAUCAUCUGCACUUUCACCUACCUGAUCGUGGGCGCCGCGAUCUUUGACGCGCUGGAGUCUCAGGAGGAGACAACCGAGAAGGAGACGCUGGACAUGAGGAAGCAGGAGCUGCUCAGCACCUUCAACCUCUCCAAAGAUGACUUUGACCUGCUGGAGAAGGUGGUGCUGCAGCUGAAACCGCACAAAGCCGGCGUGCAGUGGAAAUUCGCAGGUUCCUUUUAUUUUGCCAUCACGGUGAUCACGACCAUAGGAUACGGCCAUGCAGCCCCAAGCACACAUGGAGGGAAAGUCUUCUGCAUGCUCUACGCCCUCCUAGGUAUCCCUCUCACUUUGGUCAUGUUCCAGAGCGUUGGUGAGCGGAUUAACACCUUUGUCAGAUACCUGCUCCAUCGCCUAAAGAAGUGCCUUGGAAUGAGGCGCACCGAAGUCUCUUUGGCCAACAUGGUGACCAUUGGUUUCAUAUCCUGCAUGAGCACGCUAUGCGUGGGGGCGAUGGCCUUCUCUCACUUUGAGGAGUGGAGCUUCUUUCAUGCGUACUACUACUGCUUUAUCACGCUCACCACCAUCGGUUUUGGGGACUACGUGGCACUGCAGAAUAAGGAUGCCCUGCAGACCAAGCCGGAGUACGUGGCCUUCAGCUUUAUCUACAUCUUGACGGGUCUGGCGGUGAUUGGAGCCUUCCUCAACUUAGCAGUACUGAGAUUCAUGACAAUGAAUGCUGAGGAUGAGAAAAGGGACGCCGAGCAGAGGGCUCUUCUUGCCCAUAACGGCCAGGUGGGUGGGCACAUUAACUGCUCCGUAGACCCCGUCUCCCCCUCCUCCACGCCGCCUGGAUGUGGCGGUGGAAGCGCAAUCGGAGGGAGCAGCGGAGGGGCUGCGAGCCGCGGCUUACGUAACGUUUACGCCGAGGUUCUCCACUUCCAGUCCAUGUGUUCCUGCCUUUGGUACAAGAGCAGAGAGAAGCUGCAGUACUCCAUCCCCAUGAUCAUCCCACGUGACCUCUCCACAUCAGAUACCUACAUGGAGCAGGGGGAGGCUUUCUCCAACCCUCUGCACUCGAACGGCUGCGUGUGCAGCUUGCACCAUCACUCAGGCAUCAGCUCGGUGUCCACAGGUUUGCACAGCAUCAACACCUACAGGAGACUGAAUAAACGCAGAAGCUCUAUCUAAGCAGCUGGAAAACUUUGUUUUACAGUCUAUUUGCGUGCAUCACCAUGUGAGGUAUUCCAGCUGGAGCAGAAAUACAGUAGACAUCGAAGGAACAAAACGGCGACGUUACAGAGAUCUAACUCCACCAAUCUGGGUUUUGCUUUGGAAUUAAAUAAUUUGGUGGUUUGGACUCAAGACGUGAUUCUUCCAUUGAUGGAGUGUGACUCUUCUAGUAUUAAGAGUCACACUAAAGCUAAUGGAUAAGUGGCAUUUACUACACGUCUUCUGACACUGUUGCACAUCUGCAAUAUCUUAACUCUGAAAUGAGCAUUUUGUUUGUCAGUAAGUAUAGAUUUCUAAAUCUUAAUCUGAAAGAGAAGGAAAAGCACAGAGAUAUGUAUUAAGAGGAGAAUUUUAUAAAGUAAAAUAAUUUCUCAAAAGAAAACUUGUUAGUAAGGAACUCACUUGAUGAGCCAGAGUAAAAUGUGUGUAUAUAUUUGGACACUUCACAUAAAACUUAUUUUUUUCAGUGAGAGCUUAAAAAAAAAAACAAAAAAAAAAAAACAAACAUGUUUUUUCCUGUGUUUAUGCUUGCACAGCGCAGGUUCAAACAAACCUCCUGGUCUCCUUAAGAUUAUUUUUUUCUUCCAUGAGAAAACAUUAGAUCAAAUGAUAUAUCUCACUGGUUUAAGAUAGCUGUCAUAAACACUGCCUUGCAAAAGUAUAUUGAACUUCUUCAUGCUUGUCACAUCAGAACCAUAAAUUUCAAAGCAUAUUAUUGGGAUUAUAUGACAAACGAAAAGUUGCUUGCAAAUGUGAAUGCGGCAUUCAAAAAUUCUGUGAGUAAAAGCCUUAAAAAGUUUGCUGGGAAUUUUUAUUUAAUCUCAAUUAGUCAAUUUAAACGACCUCGUUUUGCCAUGACUUAAUCUGCAAAUUUUUAUCUGAAACUUUUGACUACUCUUUUU